AGAAGCUUCGUCUCCAAAUUUGAUUUUCCUUCGGUUGGGGGUUUAGCAGUGAAGUAGCGAAAAUGGCGUCUACAGUUUUCCUAUCCACUUUCUCCUCUGCUCACCUCUCUUCUUCUUUCACCGGCGACUACGUAGCAUCGUCGAGGUGCUUCAUCGGAGCUCCCGUCGCUUCCAACUCUUCUCUAUCGCUGCUCUACGGUAAGAAGAACUCAUAUCCUCUUAGAAAGUUCCAUGUCUCUGCCAAGAAAGUAUCUGGAUUGGAAGAAGCCAUUAGAAUCAGAAGGAUGAGAGAAGCUGAAGCUAGUUCAAAGGUUAAGAGAAACCCACCGUUAAGACGAGGGAGAGUCUCACCUCGUCUUCUUGUCCCUGACUACAUACCAAAGCCUCCUUACGCUGAGUCUAACGUGUUACCUGAUAUCUCACCUGACUUCCAGAUUCCUUCCCCUGAAGGCCUUGUCAAAAUGAGAGCUGCUUGCGAGCUAGCUGCUCGGGUUCUAAACUUUGCAGGGACUUUGGUUAAACCAUCUGUUACGACUAAUGAAAUAGACAAAGCUGUGCAUGAUAUGAUUGUUGAAGCUGGUGCUUAUCCUUCACCUCUUGGAUACGGUGGUUUCCCUAAGAGUGUGUGUACUUCGGUUAACGAGUGUAUGUGUCAUGGGAUACCGGAUUCUCGUCAGCUACAGAGUGGGGAUAUAAUAAACAUUGAUGUCACGGUUUACUUGGAUGGUUACCAUGGAGAUACAUCAAGAACUUUUUUCUGUGGAGAGGUUGACGAAGGUUUUAAACGACUUGUGAAGGUUACUGAGGAAUGCUUGGAGAAAGGUAUAGCCGUGUGUAAAGAUGGAGCAAGCUUCAAGAAAAUCGGCAAGAGAAUCAGUGAGCAUGCAGAGAAGUGCGGCUACAACGUUGUGGAGCGAUUUGUUGGACAUGGUGUUGGACCAGUAUUUCACUCCGAACCUCUGAUUUAUCAUUACCGUAAUGAUGAGCCUGGACAUAUGGUUGAGGGACAAACUUUCACAAUCGAACCGAUUCUAACGAUUGGAACCACGGAAUGUGUAACAUGGCCGGACAACUGGACUACUCUAACAGCUGAGGGUGGUGUAGCCGCACAGUUUGAACAUACAAUUCUGAUAACUAGAACUGGUUCAGAGAUUCUUACCAUAUGCUGAAACUAUUCACUUUUGAUUAAUUCUUUCACCGUUUCCCUCUUUGUCAAAGAUUUCGUCAGGCUCUUCAUCGACCAUGGAAUCAAUAGAAUAUACCUUUCAUA